AUGACUUUGAAUAAAUAAUCGAUGGAUGUGUAUGGUAUGUACAUUAACUGAAGAAAUAAUUGAAUAAUACUUUAUCUUUAUUCAAUUAUUUUAGUUGUAAAAAAUUAAUAGAUACAAAAGAUUAUAACAAAAGAUAAGUGUAUCUUGGAUAUAAAAAAAGAAACGAAACAGCAAGUAUAUCAUAGCUAUGUUCGGUCGUAUAUUUUCAUCAAAUUUUCGUAAGAUUUCUUAAUGGUUCCAAAAGAAAAUGAGGAAGUCCACUAAAACGAAAGUGUUUCAGUUAUUGUCACGAGUAUGGAAUGGACCCAACGGUGCACUUGCUGGCAAACAGGCAGAACAAAAAAUGAUUUCUUUAUUACGGAACAAGUUUCCUAAAGCUCAACUUAUAGAAGUAACUGACGUUUCUGGUGGUUGCGGUGCCAUGUUUGAAAUCAAUGUUAUUGCACCGGAAUUCAAAGGUUUAAACACAGUUAAACAACAUCGCUUGAUAAAUGAGGUACUUAAAGAAGAAAUCAAAGAUAUGCAUGGUAUUAGAAUUUAUACCAGAAUACCAGACACGUAGAAAGGAAGUUAAUUGUAAUAGGAUUUUGAUCAAAUUUUCAAAACGCAACAUAUAUUUAUUGAUCUUUUUUCAGUUCGUUCAUAAAUUUUAUAAUA